UCAGGAAUGGAUCGCUGUCGAUCGAGAGAUUCAAUAGUUUUAUAAAAAAAAUUCAUCUUCUCAAAAGCUGUUUACUUUACAUCAAUAUGAAGAACACUUUUACUAUAAAUGUGUUUGUAUUAUUUUAUCUUCUAUUUCAUUUGUGGGAUGAAGGAAAGUCAGUGUCAGUGAUGGAGGGAGAUACUGUCACACUACACACUGGUCUUACUGACACACAAAGAUAUGAUCAGAUAGUGUGGACGUUUGGAGAUUACGGUAUUGUUAUAGUGAAAGAUGACAGAGAAGACAAUAAGACCACAUUUACUCAUGAUGAGAUAUAUGGAGACAGACUGGAGCUGAACUAUCAGACCGGAUCUCUCACCAUCACAGACGCCAGAAUCACAGACACUGGACUUUAUAAAGUAAAGAUCAGCGGCAAGAGAAGGACAGAACACAAGGGAUUUAGUGUAACUGUCAGUGCAUCAGGUGUGUCUUCAGGUGGUGUAGCAGGUAUAGUUAUUGUUGUUCUGCUGGUCGUGUCUGGAGCUGUCGGUGUAUUUGUCUCUUUCUAUCGCCGCAGAACCUCUGAAAUAAAAAAACAAAAUGAUGUAUUUGUUGAUAAGUCAGUGUCAAUGAAGAUGGGAGAGUAUGUCAUUCUACACACUGGUGUUAAAGAAAUACAGAAAGAUGAUGAGAUAACGUGGAUGUUUGAAGGCUCAUCAAUAGCUAAAAUGAAGGGAGAUCAAACUAUUGAAAAUAUCGAUGAGAGAUUCAAAGACAAACUGAAGCUGGACCCUCAGACUGGAUCUCUCAUCAUCAAUGACACCAAAACUGAACACACUGGACUAUACAAAGUAAAGAUGAGACUUCAAGAUGUGACAUCAACCCAGAUAUUCAGUGUUUCUGAGAGUGAUAAACUGUCUGUGAAUGAAGGAGAUCCUUUCACUUUAAGCUCUGGUCAGACUGAACUAGGAGACAAUGUCAUGACAUGGAGGUUUAAAGACAAACAUAUAGCUACAGUCAGUGAACAUCAGGCACCUGUUUGUGAUGAAGAGAGAUUCAAAGACAGAGUUCAUGUGGAUCCUCAAACUGGAUCUCUGACCGUCACAAACAGCAGAACUAAAGACUCUGGACUUUAUCAACUAGAGAUCAACACAGAGAAAUCAGAAAGAAAAUUCACUGUUAUUGUCAUUGGUAAAUAAGCAGAGGUUUUUGAGAUCACUCUAAAAUACGAUUACGUUUAAUUAUAAAAACAUCAUCGAGGAUUUUUUUUAAAUGUUAUAUUAUGUUCACUUAUCUCCACACAAAAUUGUAAAUUUUACAUUCAUAUGCAAUGGAAAUAUGGUUUUCAAAAUGGACAUUUCUGUCACGUGUGACACCCAGUUGAGUAUUAUCAGCGCAAAAGUGAAAACUAUUAUAAUUAUGGGUUAUAGUUGAUUUUCCGUAUUUUUUUUUAA